AGCGAAUUAGGUGCGCUCUAUUAGUUUUAGUUUUAAGUACGUUUUUUCUAUAAUGGUUUUAGGAUACUUUAUUUUGUUGUAUUUCUCUUGUCGCGACGAGUUUUGAAAUCUGAUGCCAGUAUCUUCAUGAAAAGAGAUUACUCUCUCGAUGGCAAAGCAGGCACGCGGUCGAAGAAGUUUAUAAUCUUAAAGUAUAAAUAUGUCUUCUAGUUGCUUGGAAGAUUUCGAAGAUGUUAGUGUUGAUCCCUAAAUGGCGAUGGAGAUAAUGGCCCAGGCACUUCUCGUGAUGUUGUGCCCUUUGCCUUGAGCAUCGGCAGAAGUUGUGCGUUCAAAGCCUGCUACCGGUGUGGGUCCCUAUCGGAGCCGUAGACAGCGCUUCAUUAUGGAUCGCCGACCGUUCGUGAGUCAUGCACCGGUACGCCCAUCUGUGCUGCACCUCUUUGGGGUGGAGUCCUGCGUGACCCAAGACCUGCGCAAGAGUGCCUUCGGCAAAGCCCGAGUGAAGAGAUUUGAAUGGCUAGACGAUUCGUCGCUAAACAUCGUGUACAACAACCCCGGACAAUUGAGAAAAGCGGUCGAGAAAGUGCUACCAAGCACGCACGACCAGUUCGAGUACUGCCUCACCGCCGGGCGAAGUUCUUCCUCCACUCUCGUUGCCGAUCCAGAGGCCGUGUGGCGCACGACAGAGGCUCCGGUGCUAGGAUUGUACGGACAGAAGAAGAUCCAGUUUCGUAUGUGCACAGAAGCGGACGUAAAAAACCCGGGCCAUCACGGCAGUGUCGACAGUCCUUUUUACGACCUUGAAAAGCAGCGACAGCAGUCUGCAAGAGAAGCAGCGGCGCUACUACACCGGGAGGACCAGCAGUCGCGUUCUUCUUGCUCUGCAGCCCAUGGCUCUGGUAUGCAGCGAGGUCAGUAAGGUCGUAAUUUACGAGUUUUUUUGUGCUUGAGACCGGCCGCCGACUUGAGUAGUGGAAUUCAGCCGUCGCGGAUGUUCUUUCCAAAUGAAAAGACGCGAAGUGGCCAGCUUCAAGAUCGGUGGCAUCGGAUCUGUUACACAAAAGCCCGCGCAGUGCUGUGGCUGUGCUUAAACGUGCUGUGGCGGUGCUUAAACAUUCUACCGAAGAUUGCGACAGCGACGCAGGAAACUUGUGAAAUGUAGUGGCGUCUUCACCAAAGGUCUGCUGCCUUGGAUUGUGACCGUUCGGCCCAGCCAAAUGUAGGCAAAAAGGGAAGACGCCAACACAUGAAAUCUGGCAGAUGUUUUUUGAAUAGUUCCCCGGUCGGCAAAGCUGGUGCAGUUUCGACCGGAGCGCAGCUGCGUAUAAAUUUAUUUAUGAAAAAAUGGCAAAAGGAAAAGGCGCGCUGCGGUAUGGAGUAUCUAUCUAAGGAGGAAAAGCGUCAAAGCCCAGGCAAUGGCAAUCCCUUUGAAGGUACCGCUCCGCGUGAUAGGGCGUCGCUGAGCGCACGGAGGGACUUCGGGUUUCCCGAAACGUGGGCGCUGCGCUCCGGAGUCGGGGGGUCCGAGUUCGUUCUUGCAGAGCUCGGGAACCGGAGGCCCUCCGUUCGAGGGGGAAGAAGUGUAAGUGUCUGCGGUCGCGCUUGUUCUUCUGACCUUAUUCGAUCGAGUGGCUCUUGUUGCAUCGGGCAGGACCCUGGUGCCCCCGCCUAUUGCUAUUGUGGUAGAGCGCUGCCAUGUUGCCACUCCCAACAGGCGCGGUGGCAAGAGGUGCGGGGGCAGGAGGGUGGCUUUGCGAGUAAAGUUGCCGAACUGCUUGAGUAUUUGUCUAGCUAAUGCCCGGCAUACUAUAAUUCGGCCACUUCCCCGCGGGGCGUGCCGCGGGCAUAAAAAAAGGUAAACAGGUGAGUACAGGGUGCCCUGGUAGGAUGUUAAACAGGGGAGCCGUUUCGAGCCCGCCCCGUGUUUCCGACUUCCCGGUUUGUGGGCUACCUGUAUCUUCAUGAGGACCGGGCUGCAUUUGAAAAUGCGGCCGCUUGUCAGCGUGCUGUGGGCGCGGACCGAGUGCUGCCGGGUCAAGGCAAGAAAACGCUCCCGACCACCUUACUGACCCCACCCCGGUGGCUAUUAUUGGCAUUAUGCCGCCCUGUGCAACCAGUAUUGACAUCGCGCAGGCAUUGCCGAGAAAGCAGACGCUGAAGCAUUCGCUAAAAAGAUCAGCGGUGGAACUAGCACACGGCCCCGGACGAGUAAACACGUUGGAAGGCACGUUGCCGGUUUCGCGAUCCGGCGUCGAGGACUUGCAAGACGACGAGGAAAGUGUCUGCUCGCAUGAGAAGUCGCACGAGGUAGGGGUUGCAGCCCCAGCAGCGAAGCGACAGAAAAAGGACAUGGUCAAGCUCCCGCAACCCGUUUAUCGGUUCCUAUGCGAGAAUGUGAUCCGGCAUUGCAAAGCCAACGUGCGGAUGAAUUAUUUCGCGUGCGCUGCGCAGGCCCAAGCUGGGGCAGCAGCGACAGAAGACACAAGAAUUUGCGUCACAGACGGGCCUGGUUUCGCAUCGGCAUGCUCGUUUCCAGACAGCACAUACGAACACCCUGAACCUCGGUCGACGGAUGUACGAUCUGGUGAGGUCUCUAGGCUCCUCGGAUCCGCUGUAGCGUCAAAUUGGAUUACAGCGAUCAAGUCGCGCAAUGUCCUUGGCUCGUGUACGCCAGCACGGUCUGGGUGCGAUCUGAGUUCAGUCCCCCAUAGUGAUGGUAAUUACAGCGAGAGCACGAGCAAGACGCGAAGUACGUCCCUCGCGGUAACGUCACUGGCUCAUGCGCCCACGGAAUCCGGGCUUCGUAAGGCGGGGGGUAGCUCGGGACGCGUUCAGGCAGAAAGAUGCGAAGGUGAUGGCGAAGCCGAAGAAAACGCAGGAGAGCAAAGAGAAAGAAGGCGAACUUCCCCUUGGGAUUUUUACAUCCAUGCAAACAAAAUCGCCAGGGAUGUGCAAUUGGUGCACUCUCUGCUUUGGUCGGUGAAUGACGGAGAAACCUUUGUCAUGACGCUCACCACGCACCACGCCUGCCGUUGUGUGAGCGAGGUGGUUCUUCUUGACGCGCUACAGAAACAGAAGUCAAAAACCGUCUCAGUGCUGGUCAGGUCGGUCCACAGAGCGAGUAUGAGCCAAGUGCAGAACUUCUUCGAGAGACAGCUCCCACCAGCAGUGGCGUGCCCCUUCUUUUUGUACCAGAGGAAUAUACGGCACGAGAAUGAAAUGACGAAAGCAGAAGCUGCGGACGAAGGCGAAAGUUUGCGAACGAAGUGCAUGAUAGGUGCCGAUGUAAAGAAUAGCGGCAGAUAUAGGUCAGCGAGGAAAAAGCAGAAACCUCUGCGCGGUGCUGCUCGGACUGUCUCCGCCUGCGAUGGGUUCCUCGUCUUUGCAGAUAAAGCCUUAGAGUCAAAAAAUGUGCGAUUGUACUUCGAUUUGGGUUCUACCAGCGUGCAAGUAUGGAGCAAGAGUUUGCAAAAGAUACCUCAGUGCUAUUUCGUGCAAGGCCUUAUGACAGAACGAUCGCAAACGACAAACAUGUCGCUCUGUCCGUCCGAGGGGGACAGGGCCCCAUAAAUUCAUGGACAAAUAGAAGUACUCUAGGGGAAAAAUCAGUGAGACUCUUCAGAACGUAAAACUUCAGGAGAAUCCACGGAAGAAUCGAAAGACCUUCUGACGGUUCAAAAAACAAUAUAGAGCUACCAGCUUGGCUUCUGCCGCGUGUUGCCUGUUCGCCAGAAGUCAAUGGUGGUGAUAUUCGUACGGCCUUUUGGCUUGUCUAGAGUCGCGUGAAGGAAUUACUUAUAUUCUAAGGGCUUUCGGUUUCGACGGUAUCUGCCCCAUGUGGACUGGUA